AUGCACGAAAAGACCACAAUAUCAGCGAAACGAGCGCUAGAAACAUGGCAGAAUGGAACAAAUUCCCCUAAAAAGCCUAAGACCAGCGAAGUCUCUGGCGAAACCACCCCCUCCCUGGUAGUCAAAGCCCUCUACUCUGAAUCCGCAACAGCAAAACUCUGGAACGUGGCGAGUAAAGCACUGGGCAAUGCGACGCCGCCGACACUCUACCCAGAGUACACAGGCGCAGAUGGUGUAACCUAUGUCUACCGGAUUCUCGAUUUCUGGACAUCAGGCUUCUUCCCCGGGUCGCUAUAUCUCCUCCUUGAGCGGCAGACACUCUAUCCAACUUUCUACGACGUACCGUGGCGAGUCACUCCAGUACCUCUGCCAAUGGUGGACGGCCAAUCUACACACCAACGCCGCAAAGCGAGAUACUCACGAUCUGGCUUCAUGAUCGCGCCGUGGGCCAUGAAGGCCUGGUCUUUAAACCGCGACCCACAGGCCUACAACAGUUUGGCUUUAGCUGCGCAUUCCCUGGCUAGUCGGUUCGACGAGCGCGUUCAGUCAUUGCGCAGCUGGGAUAUUUGCCAUACUAAACGAUAUUCCUUCACAGACCCCGAGAAGGAUUUCCUGGUGAUCAUAGAUAACAUGUUGAACCUCGAUUUGUUGUUCUGGGCUGCGAAGGAGACGGGAAAUGCAGAGUUUCACGAUAUCGCGGUGGCGCAUGCGCGGACCACAGCUAAACAUCACAUAAGAUCGGAUGACAGCACAGUCCAUGUUGUUAAUUAUGACGCGCAGAGCGGUCUGCCCAAAUCGAAGUUCACGCAUCAGGGAUAUAACGAUGGGAGCUGUUGGGCUCGUGGCCAGGCCUGGGGCAUCCUGGGAUUCGUGCAGACCUUCGAGUGGACGGGGGAGAUGGAGUUUCUCACUACGGCACGAAGCUUGGCUGAUUACUUUAUCCGUCGUUUGCCCGACGACGGAGUACCGUAUUGGGACUUUGACGCUCCUGUGAACUCAUCUUGUCCAAAGGAUACCUCGGCGGGCAUGGUGGCGGGCUGUGGGCUGUUAUUGAUUUAUAAGGCGUUGAGGGGCGUGGCUGAGGAUGCUGCUGAUUUCUAUUUGAAGUCUGCAAUAAGGAUUUUGGUGGGGACGGUGAAAGGGUUCAUGACUCCUGGCGAUCUGAGGUUUGAACCUGAGGCGUUUGAUACCGUGGUGCCGACAUAUCCUGAUGAUCUGCCUGAGCACGAAAGGAGGCAGUCAGGAGCGCUUCGGGUUACGGAUUCCCGGACGAAAAAUGGGAACGGGGCUUGCAAGAGAACGCCGGAGACCAUCCUCGAUGGGGCGACCAUAAAUAACUACGAGUUUGCUACUCGUCGCUGGGCAAACCAUGGCCUUGUCUAUGCCGAUUAUUAUUUUAUGCUGAUGGGGAACAUCCUCUUAGAGUUGGGGCUGGUUAGUGGGACAAGGCUUGCUAUCCAUGGGGAGCAUUUAUUAUAA